AUGGAAGUCGAACUGGACCAAGAUUUACUGUAUACUGCCCUUCAAUUUCAUGGGCCUAAUUUACAAGAAGCACUAGGAAGUGAUUUAGGCGAGGUUGGAGAUUUUACUGGACUUUCUGCAAUAAGUUUCCCAGCCUAUGCAAACGGACAUAGUAUCACUAAUGAUUUGGAUAGUGAAAAACAAUUGAAACUCCAUAAAUUUAUUGCAAAUAAUUCAAAAGCAUUUUUUAGUGUUGAUUUGUUGGCCAACAAUAAGCAAAAACAAUGCGAAGACUUCGAGAUCAACUCAUUUACUGUAAUGCCACCAUAUGAAGUGUUUGGUUUUAUCAACAAAGAAUCAAAGUUAAAACAUUUCUUAAAUGAACUAUCUGAAGGCGAAAUCAUAAUUACUUCAAUAUCCUCAAAAACUGUCUCUGGAUUAAUUUUAAAGGUAUUAUGCACUUAUACUGAACCUGUAAGGUGUGUUUCUGAUAUUAAUGUUCGUGGUUUUUGUCAAGCGUCUAUUCCUGGUCUUAGUAUUGGGGACAAUUUGUGUUGUGAGGUAUUGGAGGUAGUCCCCGAAGCUUGUAAAUUAGUUUGUGGAAUAAAAGGAGUUAAAUGCCACAAGAAGUAUAAAGAUUUACUCGGCUUAUUCAACAUGGAGAAUUGCCCUCAAACAUUUAAAUUAUUUCAUGCUGGUAAAAAUGAUGAAUCAUAUGACUCAAUGUUACAAAACUCUACAGGAUUUAAAAAUCCGUCAAAUACUUGUAACUUGGAGUUGAUAACAGGUUUGUCUGAUGAUAGAUAUUCAAUUAUUCCAGCUUUGUCAGGGAGCUUUCCUGAAAAAGAAAUUGCAUUAGAACUCCGUAAAGUUCAGUCUGCUCAAUGGGCUAUUCAAAGCGUCUCGGAUGGAAUUAAAUUUUUUAAAGCCGGACAACACUCUGAAGCAUUUUUAUGCUUAAAUAAGGCAUUAACUAUAGAUUCUUUAAAUGUAGAAGCUUAUGUAGCUAGAGGUGCUUUAUAUGCUAAUCUAAGUCGUUUUCAAAAAGCAAUUGAAGAUUUAAAAUCUGCCUUGAAAGUUAAUCCGAAACAUUUAAAUGGUCGUAAGUAUCUUGGUGAAACUCUUAUGGGAUACGCUAGGACCUUAGAGUCACAAAAUAAAUUAGAAGAAGCUUUACAAUAUUAUGAAGAAUGCUUACAUGUAAUACCUGAUCAUGAUGAAGCCAAAGCAUCUAUUGAAUAUCUUAAGUCAACUCUUUUAGUUGGAAGAGCAACACCAAUGAAUACACUUGACAGUUUACCAAAAAAAAAAAGUGAUACUGAUUUCGAAAAAUCUGCAAGUAGUAGCAGCAGUUCUAAUAAUAGCAACAGCAGUUCAACUGAUAGUUCAAGUUCAGGAAGUUCUUCAGAUGAUGAAAGUGUUAGUGACUCAGAUAGUGACUCUGAUCACACAUCCUCUUCUGAUACUUCAAGUGAUGGAUCAUCUGGUAAUGAUUCACAAAAAGUAGAAAAAGAAAGAUCUUUAUCACCAUUUAGUAAACGCUUAGCAAUGAUGGAUGGAAGUAGUACUAAUGGAGGUGGAUUACCCUGUAAUCCCUCAUUUAUUGCAACAGAAAAUUCUCAACCUCAACAACUGAAUUCUGAAAAAGAAAAUGAUAUUGAAGAAAGAAUAGAAAAGUUAAUACUCCUAAGUCAAUCCAACAAAUUUAAGAAAAGUAAGCAAAUUGGACUAAAUAUACAAAAAUUAUUAGAAGAAGCUUGUGCCUUAAAGAAUGAAGAAAAAAAAACAGAUAAGAAAAUGAAAAAAUCCAAAGAUAAAAAGAAGUCUCAUAAACACAAGAAAAAAGAUUCUAAAAAUAAGCAGAAAAGUGCUAAAGAUCAUCAGGAACAUCAUCAUAAAAAAAAUAAAUCAAAAAAACACAAAUUCGCCGAACAAUCCUUCGAUAACGAACAGCAAGUUGUACAAAAAUCCAGUCUCCCUGAUCCGGAGAUUGUUAAAUCAAAUUUAUCAAGUUUAAAAGAAAACAUAUUCUUUAAAAAGUAUGUGAAACAAGAUAAACCCAAUGAUCAAAAUGUUAUUGAUAAGGAUAAUGAACAAUCAGACAUGUUUAAAGCAACUGAAGUUGUCGAAAUGCCUAGUACUUACAAGUAUGAUGAAGAUCCAUCAUUAAUUCCAACACCUAAGUUCAAAAUGCAACUACCUACUACAACUACGACUUAUGUUAAGGUCAAGAAGAAGGAGGCAACUGAUAGUGUACCAUACAAUUGGGACAACAAUCGUUUGCUGCCUACAAAUCAUGAGUUAAUGAGAACUCAAUCAUCUAAUAAUAAUGAGACUAAUAAUGCAGAGCAUACAUUUCCUACUAUGUAUGAGAGCAGCAAAGGAUAUUUUAUUCCACCUCCGUCAACUCAUCCAGUUUCUGAAAAUAAUAUGAAUAAUAUGGAGUUUCAACAAAAGCAAACUUAUUUGAGUCCUAAUAAUAAGCAAAGAUCACGUACCCGAUCAGUAUCUAAGAGGCGCAUGAAUUAUUCAAGAAGUAGAAGUUCUGGUGGUCGUUCAAGUCAGUCUCCAUUUAAAAAGAAACCCAAAGAGGCAUCAAAGUCAAAAACCAGGAGUCGUUCAGGAUCAUAUCCUAGACAUCGACGUUAUUCAUCUUCCCGUUCAAAUCGUUCUCGUUCAUCUUCUCGUUCAUACUCUCGUUCACGUUCACGUUCUCGUUCCAUGCAUCAUCGCAAUCGCAUGCCAUACUACAAUAAUCGUAACCGUGGCACAUACUAUAAACCACGUUUUCAAAAUCAAAAUCAUCAUAAUCGUGGUUUUCAGAAUCGUGGUUUCCAACAUCGUGGAGGAUACGUGCACAGACAAAAUUAUAAUAACUAUAACAAUAACUGGAAUAAUAGAGGUCAACGAGGUGGUGGAAGGCAAAGAUUCUUCCAUUACAGACCUAGACAAUAUGAUAGAAAUAGACACUAUGAGAGGCGCAGUUACUCUGGUUCACCAAAUCGUCGUAGUCGUAGCCGUAGUAAGAGCCGUAGUGGAUCUAAAAAUUCUUCGAAAGAAUAUAGAAAACGUUAUUCUGGUGGUAGUGGUGAAGACCCACAACACAUUGCUAAUAACAAGCCCAAAACUCCACCAGAACCGACUACUGACACCAAUAAAUGGCAACUUGAUAGCAAUGAUAAUGGUAAUAGGAAUUCACAAGACCAUGAUGAAGGAUCCAUUGAAUGA